AUGUCAAACGAUGCUAAAAAGGACUUGAACCUCAAUACGGAGGAAUUGACCAAGGAAGACCUCAAAAAUUUCGAUCCUGACAAUUUGAUCUUAAAUAUGGGAGGUCGGCAAGUUCCCUUCAGUGCUAUCAAUAAGCCCCACCAUGUUGUUUUAGAUGCAAAGGACCACGUUCCUAUCCCUGAUACAAAGGAUUUCCCGGGGUUGACUCCUGAGGCAAAGGCCAGAGACGCUGAGCGGGCUGAAGCUAAAGCCGCUCUGCAAAAGACAGACAAAGCAGCAGAUAGUUGA